AUGGGAGGAGCCACAGCGGAGCCGCCGAAGAAGCGGGUGGAUCUAUUCGCUGAAGGACUGAUGAGGGUGGAGUUCGUUAACGACAACCCUGCUCUACCUCGCAUCCGUUUACACGAAUCGGUGGUUGAAAGCAUGUGCUCUCCGUGGAAAGAGGCUCUCGUGAUAUGUCUGUUGGGGAAGAAACUGGGCUACCGCACCAUGAAAAACAAGCUGGAGCAGAUUUGGCAACUCACAGGAGCUUUUGACAUGAUUGAUGUGGGUAAUGGAUUCUACAUGGUUAAAUUUGACAUGAAGACAGACAGGGAUAAAGUGAUCGGUGGAGGACCGUGGAUGAUUUUCGACCACUACCUUGCGGUUUCAACAUGGAGCCCGGAGUUCAUCUCUCCAGAGGCUAGGGUGACCAGAACCCUGGCUUGGAUCAGGAUCCCGGGGUUAAAUGUUGUAUUCUACGAUGAAAGUUUCUUGAUGUCUGUUGCGAAAGUCAUAGGCACCCCAAUCAGGGUGGAUAUGCAUACGCUCCGGGGAGAUAGAGGUCGCUUUGCAAGAAUUUGUGUGGAGUUAGAUCUCACAAAACCGGUUAUUGGAAAAAUUGGAAUUGAAGACUCCUAG